UAUACAUAUAUUCUGUAUAUACGUAUAUAUAUUAUGAACUUCGUUUCACGUCAGAAUAGCAACUAACCUAGGAAUUCGCAAACCCUAGCAAUUCUGGCACGAUCAAUUACCCCUAAACAACUACAGUGCUAAACUCUGGGUCUGCUAAGUAGCAUAUGAAUGGAAAAUCGAGGCCAAAAAAGAACUGAAGACGUAGACGAAUUGCCAGCAGAUAAGCGUCCGUGCAGUUCGUUAGAAUUUCGGCCAAGUUCCUCAAAUUCGUCACCUCAAACACCGAUGAGUACUGCUCAUGAAUCUCAGGAUGGUGACAUGGACACAUCGUCGUCAACUUCCGGAUCACUUAGAUCUGAGGGUGGUGAGGGGGAGAAAGAAUCUGUGUACGGCUCUUGUGAUUCUGAUAAUGGUGUUCACGACUACUAUAGGCAUAGAAUAGGGAAUGAUCAAAGCAAGUUUAAGAAAAUGCUUUCUAGUUUAAGCGAGGAGGUGGAUGAAUCAGGGCAGUUGGCUUUACUCACAGAGCUCUGUGAAUUGUUGUCCUUCUGUAGUGAUAGUUCUUUAUCGAGCCUAAUGGUGGACUCGUUUUCGCCGAUACUUGUUCGAUUGUCGAGACACGAGAGCAACCCGGAUAUAAUGCUCCUAGCUAUAAGGGCUCUAACUUAUUUGUGUGAUGUUAAUUCGCGAUCCUCAGGUUUUCUUGUGAGACAUGAUGCAGUUCCUGUUCUUUGUCAAAGAUUAAUGACAAUGGAAUUCCUCGAUGUGGCAGAACAAUGUUUACAAGCAUUGGAGAAAAUAUCACGCGAACAACCACUUGCUUGCUUGCAGUCUGGCGCAAUAAUGGCUGUUUUAAGAUAUAUUGAUUUCUUUUCAACUAGUGUGCAGAGGGUUGCACUUUCUACUGUGUUCAAUAUAUGCAAGAAACUCUCUCCCGAAUCUCCUGCACUUUUCAUGGAUGCAGUUCCAAUUUUAUGUAAUCUUCUCCAAUACGAGGAUAGACAGCUUGUUGAGAGUGUGGCAAGUUGCUUGAUCAAAAUAGGGGAUCAAGUCCGUCGUUCUCCUGAUUUGUUGGAUGAAAUGUGUAAACCUGGACUGGUUCAGCACACUCUACAUCACAUUGGUUUAAAUAGCCGAACUACCCUUUCUCAACCAACUUAUAUUGGGUUGGUAGGAUUACUCGUCAAGUUGGCUGCUGGCUCUACUGUUGCUUUCAGGACACUUUUUGAACUCAAUAUAAGCAACACUUGUAAAGACAUACUGUCAUCUUACGACCUGUCACACAAAGUGCAGUCUACUCUAACUGUGGAUGGGCAUCACAAUCGGAUACAUGAAGUUUUGAAGUUGUUGAAUGAGCUUCUUCCAACAAAUAGUCCAGAACAGGAUAGCCAGCAAAAGUCGGAGAAAGAAGAUUUUCUUUUUAGCCAUCCUGAUAUUCUGAAGAAGUUUGGAGUUGACUUACUCCCUACCUUGAUUCAGGUGGUGAAUUCUGGUAUGAAUCUGUUCAUGUGUUACGGCUGUUUAUCUAUUAUCAAUAAGUUAGUUCACUGGACCACAUCUGAUGGACUUCAUAGGUUGCUACAAACUGCUAACUUUUCAAGUUUUCUGGCUGGAAUGUUCACGAGAAAGGAUCAUCAUGUGAUAUUAUUGGCCCUUCAGAUUGUUGAUGCAAUAAUGCUCAAGCUUCCGCAUGUUUACUUGAACUCCUUUAUCAAAGAAGGAGUUCCUUACUCCCUCUAUGUGUUAUUUUCGCCAGAUAAAGAUUUGAAGGGCUCUCCAGUUUUCGAUGGUAUAGGGGUGGAAAAUGACUCAGCUCUGAAACCAGCUUCCCGAGGUGUCCAUAGAUGCCCAUGCUUUGCAUUUGAUAUAUGUCAGUCGUCAAAGUCUCCAGAAAAUGGGACCUGCAAGCUUGAGAAAGAUACUGUUCAGAUUCUUGCGAAACGUAUAUGGAUUAGUUACUUUGAAACGGAAUCGGUUAACCCUGAGAAAGGAGUAACCGAUGUUCUUCAGAAGCUCAGAACCUUAUCCACUGCAUUAACAGUCCUGGUGAACGAGUCCCAGGAAGAAGCAACAUCUAGUAAACUGGAGGAGGAUUUUUUUGAUCUUUUGCAUCAAAUCAUGUCGGAGCUUAAAGAAGAAGAUUAUAUCUCCACUUUUGAGUUUGUGGAGAGUGGACUUAUAAAAUCAUUAGUCGAUUACCUAUCAAAUGGCAGGCAUAUUGGACAAGAAGUUACUCAUGCAGCAGAUCACUUUUGCACUAUGGGAAAAAGAUUUGAGGUUUUCGGACAACUAUUAAUGUCAUGUACCGAUCCAGCUUCAGAGAAAUCUUUAAUUCUGGCACUAAUACAGAGAUUGCAGAAUGCUCUCUCGUCUGUUGAAAAUUUCCCUGUUAUCCCAAGUCAUGCAUAUAGGACUAGGAAUUAUUAUGCCACUGUUCCAUCUGGGCAUUGCACUCCAUACCCAUGUCUGAAAGUUCAGUUUGUGAGGGAAAAAGAGGAGAACUGUCUGCGUGACUAUGCUGAUGAUAUUGUCAAUGUUGACCCCUUUGUGCCUCUGGAGGAAAUUGAAGGAUAUUUGUUGCCUAGAGUGAGAAAUGAUAAAACUGUGAAUUCGACUUUGAGAUCUGAAGAUUCAAAGCUGAAAGAUAGCACAUGUUCUCCUUCACCAUCAGAUUCAAGCACUCCCCGAGCCAAAAGUGCAGACGAUAUAGCACCCAUGGUUGAUGUUGACGAACUGCAGGUUUAUACUCGUCUACGACAAUUCAAGCUGGAGGUGAAACCUAAUGUGUUGUCUUCACCAACAAAUAUAUCCAGUUCCGCACAAAAAGUUAUGGACGCAGUAGAGGAUUCGGUUGAUCAAGAGGGGCAUAAUCCUCUUCAACAAGAGGCCAGUACGAGCACUGACAGUGAAGAUACUCCAGCAAGUUUGCAGCUUUAUUUGGAAGGGCAGGAACUGAACUGUAAGUUGACGCUAUACCAGUCUAUUCUCAAGCAGCAGACCGGAACAGAACAUGAUAGUAUGUCGAUUGCAACCUUGUGGAGUCGUGUAUACAAAAUAACUUACGGAAGACACGCCACAACCGAAAGAAUUCACUGCAAGCGCAGUCAUGACGAGUUUACACUUUCUCUUUUAUGUGAAAAGACCUUUUCUCAGUACACUCCAUAUUUCUGCCGCAUGUUCCUUUCUAAUGCUGAAGCUGAGGAAUUAGGUCCAAGUUAUGAUGUAAUAUCGCUUCUAAAAAGCUUGGAAGGAAUAAACAGAUUGAGAUUCCAUCUGAUGUCUCGUGAGACAACACGUGUAUUUGCUGAAGGAAGAACAGACGAUCUGAAUAAGUUAAACUCUGCAAUUUGCGAAGUUCACCAAAACGAGUUUGUCAACAAGAAAUUGACAGAAAAAUUGGAACAGCAGAUGCGGAAUCCUAUUGCUGCCUCAGUUGGAGCCAUGCCUGCAUGGUGUACAUUGUUAAUGAAUUGGUGCCCGUUUCUAUUCGGUUUUGAAGCAAGGUGCAAGUAUUUCCAUAUAGCAGCAUUAGGGCGUUUGCCAAAUCAUACUCAAUCUACGUCUCAUGGUAAUAAUGGUGGUGGCUCGAGUGGCAGACAUCAAAAUCCACGCAAGAAGAUUUUGGUGCACCGCAAUAAAAUAUUGGAAUCUGCUGCCCAUAUGAUGGAACUGCAUUCCCGUCAGAAGGUUGUUCUUGAGGUGGAAUAUAGUGAAGAGGUGGGUACUGGUCUUGGCCCCACAUUGGAAUUUUAUACAUUAGUUUGCCACGAGUUUCAAAGAAGUGGCUUAGGUAUGUGGAGAGAUGACUGUUUGGUCUCUCUUUUUGGUCUAUUCCCCCGCCCUUGGUCACCUUCAUCGAGCAGCACAGUGCAUUCCGAAGUGAUUAAAAAGUUUACUCUAUUGGGACAUAUAGUUGCUAAAGCUAUUCAAGAUGGUAGGCUUUUAGAUCUUCCAUUUGCAAAGGCUUUCUAUAAACUCAUUUUGGGGAAGGAACUUUCUCUGUACGACAUCCAAUCAUUUGAUCCUGCAUUAGGUAGGGCUCUUUUAGAGUUCCAGGCUGUUGUUGAGAGGAAGCAGUAUUUGAAGUCCCAUUGUGAGGACAGUUCACGUGAUGUUGACGUGCUCUUGAGAAACACGAAAAUCGAGGAUAUGUGUCUUGAUUUUAGCCUUCCUGGGUAUCCGGAUUAUGUUCUUGCAUCUGGGCUUGACUCAAAGAUGGUGAAUCUCCAUAAUUUGGAAGAAUAUGUUGCGCUGAUGGUCGAUGCGACAACAAAAUCUGGAAUUGCUAGACAAGUGGAGGCAUUCAAGUCAGGUUUUGAUCAGGUCUUCCCUAUAAGACAUCUUAAGGUUUUCACGGAAGAAGAAUUGGAGCGUUUACUAUGUGGAGAACACGUGAUAUGGAAUUCGGACGAGCUUUUGGAUCAUAUCAAAUUUGACCAUGGGUACACAAUCAGCAGUCCUCCAAUUGCAAACCUACUGGAGAUUAUGAAAGAGUUUGAUCUGAAGCAGCAACGAGCAUUCUUGCAGUUUGUGACUGGUGCACCCCGUCUUCCAACUGGAGGAUUGGCUUCUCUCAGCCCUAAUUUGACAAUUGUUCGCAAGCAUUGUAGCAAGGGGAUAGAUGACGACUUGCCUAGUGUGAUGACGUGUGCAAAUUAUCUGAAGCUUCCACCAUACUCGUCAAAAGAAGUUAUGAGAGAGAAGCUCUUGUAUGCUAUAACAGAGGGACAAGGAUCAUUUCAUCUUUCGUAAUCUCCGUUUCGUGGCUGAAGAGUUAUAUAAAAAGUGUAUAUAUAUGGAUUUUAAGUUUAUUUAGUGAUUGUACAUAAUUUGGAUUUUAGAUGGAAAAAGCGGAAACACUUUGGUCGUUCACUCUGGGUUCGAAUACGGUGUAUAUAUUUGGCUACUUAACACGAGUAGACGAGGUCAAUGUUUAGGGCAUGCAUAUAACAUCUUUCUCGUUAUAACCGCAUAUAACAUCUUUCUCGUUAUAACUGCAUAUAACAUCUUUCUCGUUAUAACUGCAUAUAACGUCUUUCUCGUUAUAACUGCA